UAGAGUAGAUAUUUAUUAUGCUUAUACUUAACUCAUAAAACUAUAUUUUUAUAAUAAAAUAAUUUAUUAACAAAUUUAAAAUUAUACCAAUUUUUCGCCACUAAUGUGUUGAUAGCAGUUCUACUUAACAUGGUACACUCUGAUACAACCCUGUUGCGUGCGAUUAUCGCGCACCCAGUCAGCUGUCAGACAUCAAAACAAAUUUUUGGGAACUUAGCAAAUAUGUGAUUUUCGUUCCGUAGUUUUUUUUGUAUUAAUUUUCUUAUCAAUUUCAUAAAGGAGUGUUUCGAUUUAUAUCCUAUAUGGUGCAAUUACAACUCGCUGUGGUUGUUGUGUGACGGCAUAACUUGCAAUAUUGAAAAUGUAUUGUAAUUUGUGAUAUUUAUAAGCGAAAAGUUUGUGUUGAAUAGAAGCAACUGCCUCUGUGACUAAACGUCUGCAGCACAAAACAACACAUGCGGCUUGCGCGAACAAGCCAAAGGAAAACUUUCACAAUCAAAAGAAAAAGGGUCAGAAAGCAAUACUGUAACGCAGUCAAAGGAUUAAAGUGUUAUAAGUAAAAGUGACUGGAAAGUGUAUGUAAAUUGCGGCAAAGCGUGUCUAUACGUCCACCCACACUGCAAUAACCUAAGCAAAGAUGUCCACAGAAGAGCCGAUUUGGCGUCAGUGUAUUGCUAAUCGCUUACGCGACAGAAAUCGCAAUGAAACCAGAGGAAAAGAGAUUAUUCUGCAAAAUAACCGUUUAAUUGAUCAGGCUUCUCAACUGAAAGCAGAAAAUUUAAAAAUAUCCGUUGAAAAUGAGCAACUGCGCACAGCUCUUUCAACAGGUGGCGGCAAAGAUGCUACUGGCGCACAACUGGCCAUUGCAGCGCUAGAAAAGAAACUAUUGGCACAACAGGAAGAAUUGACUGAUUUACAUAAACGUAAAGGCGAAAAUUCUCAGAUGAUUGUCGACUUAAAUGUCAGCGUGGAGAAACAGAAAAAGCUCAUAGCGGAAAAAGAUCUAAUUAUUAACGAACAACGAGCGGCCAAUAAUUCAUUACGCGCAGAAGUUGAAAUGUUGAAAUCCAGCUUGGAUCAGUUAAAGAAACUCAAUACGACAUUGCUAGAUGAGCAUACUGCGCUCCAAUUGGCGUUCAGCUCUUUGGAGGAAAAACUGCGUGGCGUGCAGGACGAGAAUCGCUGCCUGCUGGAGCGUUUGAUGCGCUACAAAUCGAAGGAUGCCGACAAGUUGAACGAGGAGAACGAGAAUUUCCUUAGAAAACGUUCGGACAAAUUAAAACGUGAUCUCGAAGACGCCGUCCGCGAACCCAACUCACAGCAUCGCAAUUCGGGUAGCCCCUCACAAUUGGGCGACGACGGCGAUAACAUUUCGUUGACAGCUGGUGGCAAUAACGGUGCAGUCGGCGGCAUAGACUAUUAUAAUCUCGAUGAAAUGCUGGGUCCAUUGCAUGAGCCCAGCUUAAAUCCAUGUUUAGUGUCUUCCUCAAUACCAACAACAAUAUACAUGAAAUUCGAAGCGCACGACAAUGAGUCGCAUGCGGUGCGCUGGAGUCCGGUUGAACGCCUCGUAGCGACCGGUGGCGGCGAUCGUAAAGUCAAACUCUGGGAUGUGGGGAAAGUGGCGCAGGAGCCGCGCGCAGUUUUGGGCGGCAGCAGUGCCGGCAUAAAUUCCGUGGAUUUCGACUCGACCGGCACUUACAUACUGGGUACCUCAAAUGAUUAUGGCGCGCGUGUGUGGACGGUGGCGGAUAGUCGUUUAAGGCAUACACUCACAGGUCACAGCGGCAAAGUGAUGGCUGCCAAAUAUCUGCAAGAGCCAGUUAAAGUGGUGACUGGCAGUCAUGAUCGUACGCUGAAGAUUUGGGAUCUGCGCAGCAUAGCAUGCAUUGAGACGAAAUUCGCCGGCUCCAGUUGCAAUGAUCUGGUGACCACCGACAGUCUCGGCUCGACAAUUAUUAGCGGUCACUACGAUAAGAAACUGCGCUUCUGGGACAUCAGAACGGAGAAGCAGGCGGACGACAUAUUGUUGCCAGCGAAGAUCACAUCGAUUGACCUGUCAAAGGAUGGCUAUUACCUAAUAUGUUCCAUUAGAGAUGAUACAAUAAAACUGUUAGAUUUACGUAAAAAUCAAAUAAUCGGAUCGUUUUCUCAUGAAAAUUUCAAACUCAGCUGUGAUUGGGCGAGAGCCUCAUUCAAUACGUGCGGUUCGAAGGUGUCCUGCGGGUCAGCCGAUGGUUUAGUUUAUAUUUGGAAUGUCAUGGGCGAAUUGGAGGCGACGCUGAAGGGUCACACUUAUGGUUCCGGUUUCUUUCACAGCUCGGCGGUGAACGCGGUCAGUUGGUGCCCCAACAGCAAUGCGCUGGCCUCCGUGGGUAAAGGCAAACGCUGCAUCAUUUACACCGAAUCGUAGCCACGGAACGAACGGCAAUGACAGCCGAUGAGGCGACAACAGCAACAACAGCGGCGCGGGUAGAGAAGCAUAGCUAAGUGUCAGCUAUUGUUUGGAAGCGGUUGCAAGUGGAAUUAACCCUGUAAGCGAGCCGCAAUUUGCAUUGUAACAACAAAAAUUAAAACCACAACAACUACAAAGUGUGAAAGCUUCAAAAAAGCAAAGGUGCGAGUGCGUGGGCGUUCAGAAGUUGGCGUUUUGGGGGGUGAAAUCUGCAAGUAGUUUUUUUUUAUAUUUUUUAGUUAUAAGUUAUAUUUGCCUACAGUGCAAAGUGGCAGAAUAGUAAAUUGUUGUGCAGCAGCAGCAUACCCAAAGUCAAUGUUUAAGAAUUGUAACAAUAACAAUGCAAAUAGUUACAAGUAAAGUGCGCUGAAUUUAUAAAAAAAAAUUACUUUUGUAUAUGUAAAAAUUAAUUGUCAACUAUAAUAAGCAAUUUUUUCGGUAUAUGUAUAUUUGCAAUACUUUUUGUAAAACAUAUUGAUAAAUUUAAUAACGUAUUAGAAAUUGCCAGGAGCAAAUUAAUUUUAAUGUUUUAAAUUUUAUUUUAAUUUAAAAUUUAAUGUGUAUGUUUAAUUUUUAUCAUUUGGAUUUUUAAAAUUUUUAUAAAAAUAUAACGACUGCUUGUUGGCAGCUAAAAUUGUAUACAUAUAUAUAUAUAGUUUAAUGAAAAGAUUAAAUUUACUAAAAAAUUUAAUAAAAACUUGUUUAGUUUUGGCAUGGUCUACUAAUGCGAAUAAAAGUAUAUUUUCAAAAGAAAAUACAAAUUUUGAUAACAAAAAUUUACAUUUGUUUAUAAGGACGCAACAAUAAGCAAAACAAUAUAUCUGAUUAGAAACAAAUUUUACAUUUUUAUUAUUAUUAUUUUUUUUUUGUAACUGCUAUCAUAACUUUUUUUAUCUAAAUCAAACAUUUUCGAAAUUUAUUAAAGGAAUUAUUAUCAUAAUAUGUGAUAUAUGUAUAAUAUUAUAAUAUUUUCUUGCGUUUAAGAGUAUGUUAAAAAAGUUUCUUUUGCUACAAAUUAAAUGAAUUAAAAUUGCAUUGACUAAAGAAAUUAACGUAUUUGAUUAUAUUUGUUAUAAUAAUACAACAAUAAAAAAAUCAAUAUUUCUGAUUAAAGAAAAAAAUAUUAGAACUUAUUUCUAAAAAUGUAUGUAUUUUUUUAAUUAAUUAAAAAGAAGUACCAGAAAAUAAUAGAAAAAAACUACAGUUAUGUUUUUUAUGUUAUCUAAAGAGAACUUUAUAAAAUUUAUUAAAUGAGUUUUUAUUUGAUACUAUUUUUUUUUACUAGUAAAUCAUGCUCUAAAAGAAUGUUUUUCAAACUCAAAAUGUUGUUAGAAAUUUGUUUACAUUUUAUCUGGCUACAGAAAUUACAAUAAUGUUUGUUUAUAAAAACACAACAACAAGAAAAACAGUAUGCUGUCGCUUCAAAUUUAUUAUUAUUUUACUAUUUUGCUAAUUUACAGUUAAAAAAUCUUUUUUUUCUUGAUAAAUUAAAAAGAAACGAAAUACUAAUGAGAGUCAUAUUUUGUGAUAGCUUAAAUUUUUUUUAUCAAAAUUUUUCAAAGAAAUUUUUUUAACGAAUUUUUUAUAUAUUUUUAUUUUAAAGUUUAUCAUUUUCGAAAGAAAAAAAUAUUUUUUUUUGAUACAUUAUUAAAUUAUUUUUUUUUAAUACAAAAUUUAUAAUUAUAAUUUUUUUUAACUAUACAACAAUAAGAAAAAUAAUUUUUUAUACUUUAAAAAAAUUACAUUACAAUUUAUACAUUUUUGUUUGCUCUUUCAACAAUUUUUAAUACAAUAAAAGUUAUGUAUUUUUAAUUACUGAAAAAAUGCAAGAAAAAUUAUUAUAAAAAAACGACAGUGCUAAUAAAAUAUUUUUCGCUACACACAAAGUUACUUUCCUUUAAGGACUACGCUGGCUUCGCAGGCGUGCAAAUAAAACUGCAUACAGUUGUGUAUUAGCAUAUAACUACUAAAAUACAUACAUACAUAUUUUAAUAUGCAAAUGCAUAUGAGAAAAGCUUUUUAAGAUAAAUUGUUAAUGGAGGGCAAACGCAAAACCGUGAUUAUGAGAGCAUCACCUUUCUACACUGCUGUCAAAUAUUUUUGUAUUUUCUUUUACAAAUACACACACACACACAUACAUGCGUUUGCAAUGUAUGCUAAUUAUAAGCUAAUAUUUUAUGCAUAAUAUUAAUUGUUUUUGAUUACCAUAAAUUUAAACAUACAAAACAUACACGUACAUAUAAAUAAAUAAAUGAAUUUGUUUAUUCUUGUAAUCGUAAAAGUCAGUUUGUAAGUUCGAAAUGAUAAGUUUUUGUAAUACAUAAUACAUACAUACAUAUGUAUAUACAUAUGUCAUGAUAAUAUUUUUAUUUGCCAUUUUGUAAGAGCCAUUUCAGGGUUAAGCACUACUUGAUUACAAUAAUAAAUAAUUAUACAUACUAAAUGUAUAGCAUAAUAUGGCAACACUUGAA